AUGAGGUUCUGUCUCUCUGGGCUGCUCUUCCUCCUCAUGACCUCACUGCCUUCAGGGGAUGGUGCGAUUGGAAAUGAAGGUGUAAAAGUUCGUACCUGUACUGCAGUUGGUGGCAGAUGUUACUUCGGCUGUAAACCAGGAUGGGAGUGGGUUAGCUUCUGUUACACCAUUUUGUCUUGUUGCAAAGUUACAAAAAAUAAGCCCCCUCAGUUCUAUGACUUGACCCGCUGA